AAUCACUCAAUUUUAAUCAGCACGAGUGAACAAGAACUAGUAGUACUAACAAAAAACAAAUUUGAAAAAUUGAAUGGUAUAAAAUGCCUCAGAAAUUAUAGGAGUGUAAUUUAAACAAGGAAAAGCUGCUAAAUUCUGGGAGAAUAUUGAGAUCAGCAGCAAGAAGGUGGUCUCAUCUUGUUACUUUCUUUCAACUAAUUGGAGGAUUCUUUCAAUAUUAACAGAAACCCAGAAAGAAUAACAGGUUUUGCUUCUUGUUGAUGAGUGCAUUUGCCUCUGCUUGUGUAAGGCAAAGUCGGUUCACUUUCUUAUAUCCGAUUUUUAUAAUCGUUGAAAUUAGUGGAUAGACUCUAGUGGAUAUCUACAAGUAUUGGUUUUUUGAUAAAAUAGGCUGAGGUGAGAAGGUAACAUAAAGGAAAGACAAAAACUUGGGAAUUGUUUUAGACCACCGAGGUUUCUUGUUUCAUGAGCAUGUCUGUUGCUUUGUUGUGGGUUGUUUCUCCCACUUCCGAGGUCUCGAAUGGGACAGGAUUGUUGGAUUCAGUCCGAGAAGGAAACCGCGUCUUUGUAUCAUCCAGGUUCCUAGCUCGAGAUAGGAAUUUGAUGUGGAAUGGGAGAAUCAAGAAAGGUGGGAGACAAAGGUGGAAUUUUGGCUCUUUAAUUGCUGAUCCAAGAUAUUCAUGCUUGGGUGGAUCAAGAACUGAAAAGGGAAGCAGUUUCUCUGUACAGUCCAGUUUGGUGGCUAGCCCAGCUGGAGAAAUGACAGUGUCAUCAGAGAAAAAGGUCUAUGAUGUGGUAUUGAAGCAAGCAGCUUUAGUGAAGAGGCAGCUGAGAUCUACCGAUGAAUUAGAAGUGAAACCUGAUAUAGUUGUUCCAGGGAAUUUGGGCUUGUUGAGUGAAGCAUAUGAUCGUUGUGGCGAAGUAUGUGCAGAGUAUGCAAAGACAUUUUACUUAGGAACAAAGCUAAUGACUCCAGAGAGAAGAAGAGCUAUCUGGGCAAUAUAUGUGUGGUGCAGGAGAACGGAUGAGCUAGUCGAUGGCCCUAACGCAUCACACAUAACUCCACAAGCUUUAGACAGGUGGGAGGCCAGGCUGGAAGAUAUUUUCAGUGGGCGGCCAUUUGAUAUGCUUGAUGCUGCUUUAUCCGAUACUGUCUCCAGAUUUCCUGUUGAUAUUCAGCCAUUCAGAGAUAUGAUAGAAGGAAUGCGUAUGGACUUGUGGAAAUCCAGAUAUAACAACUUCGAUGAGCUAUAUCUCUAUUGUUAUUAUGUUGCUGGUACAGUAGGACUGAUGAGUGUUCCAGUUAUGGGUAUUGCACCUGAAUCAAAGGCAACAACAGAGAGUGUAUAUAAUGCUGCUUUGGCUUUAGGGCUUGCAAAUCAACUAACCAAUAUACUCAGAGAUGUAGGAGAAGAUGCCAGAAGAGGACGAGUAUACUUACCUCAAGAUGAAUUAGCACAGGCAGGGCUUUCUGAUGAAGAUAUAUUUGCUGGAAGAGUGACCGAUAAGUGGAGGAACUUUAUGAAGAAACAAAUUCAGAGGGCGAGGAAAUUCUUUGAUGAGUCAGAGAAAGGUGUCACAGAACUGGACUCUGCUAGUAGAUGGCCUGUGUUAGCAGCGCUGCUGUUGUAUCGCAAGAUAUUGGACGAGAUUGAAGCCAAUGACUACAAUAACUUCACAAGGAGGGCUUAUGUUAGCAAGCCAAAGAAGCUUCUCACCUUGCCCAUUGCUUAUGCAAAAUCUCUUGUGCCCCCUAAUAGAACUUCCUCUCCACUAGCAAAAACAUGA